AUGUAUGAUUCGCCGUUACCAAGUGCUCGCGGUCCGGAAUGGGACAUGAAAAUGGAAAUUGAAUUCUUUCGAGCUAUUAUGAAACAUAGACCUGUUGGUAUUCAUCGGCAUUUCCACAUGGUAAAUGUGCAUCACGAAUUUAAUGCUAAUAGUGCAGUAAAAUGUACGAUACCUGAGCUAUGGGAACGAUUUGGUACAUAUUUUAACCUAUCUAAACUUGAAGAUUUGGAUCGUGACUUCGAUGAAGAAGCAGAUGAAGAUAGCACAUUUACAGAGUUCAGUUUACCAAUGGAUGAAUAUUACCAUCUCAUUGAAGAGCAUCGUAAAGCUGGUUCUUCACGUGGAGCUUCACCCUCACCAGCACCCACAAAAAGCCUAAAAAGUAGGAGAGAGCAAUCACCUUCACUAUCACAUACUACUUCUCAAGAGUCUUCGCCGGAACCUGAAG